AUGGUUGCAGGAUCAAUUAGUUUCAGAAGAGCUAUAUCUACUUUGCCUCAUCUAUGUGAGAGACUUAAGCAGACAGAAAGUGAAAUUGUCCAAAUGUUCCGAUUGGCAAGUCCCAAGGAUGACACACAAAACUUCUCCACGAACCGAACUGCAUCACGAAAGAACAGCUUAGUAAGAACAUUGGAUGAGAGAUUUAUAAGGAUUUUAAAGAUAUUCAAGUGGGGGCCUGAUGCAGAGAAGGCUCUGGAGGUUCUUAUGCUGAAAGUGGAUCAUCGCUUGGUUCGAGACGUUUUGAAAACAGACGUGGAGAUCAAUGUUAAGAUCCAAUUUUUCAAGUGGGCUGGGAAGAGAAGGAACUUUAAGCAUGACUCUACGACUUACAUGGCAUUAAUUCGUUGUUUGGAUGAAGCUGGGUUGGUGGGUGAAUUGUGGAGGACAAUACAAGACAUGGUUCACAGUACAUGCCUCACCCGUCCAGCUGAGUUAUCUGAAAUUGUCAGAAUUUUGGGCAACGCUAAGAUGGUGAACAGGGCACUCUUGGUCUUUUACCAGUUCAAAGGUCGCAAGUGUCAACCGACUGCAAGCACUUACAACUCCAUAAUCUUGAUGCUGAUGCAAGAAGGUCACCACGAGAAAGUUCAUGAGCUCUACAAUGAAAUGUGUAAUGAAGGUAACUGUUUUCCCGAUACAGUAACUUAUAGUGCACUUAUAUCAGCAUUUGGGAAGUUGGGCCGUGUUGAUUCUGCUAUAAGGUUGUUUGAUGAAAUGAGGGAGAAUGGCUUACACCCCACUGCAAAGAUCUAUACGACUCUAUUGGGGAUCUAUUUCAAGUUGGGUAGGGUUGAGAAAGCUCUUGCCUUAGUCCAGGAGAUGAAAGAGAAAGGUUGUGUCCCAACAGUUUAUACCUACACCGAAUUAAUCAAGGGGCUUGGGAAAGCUGGUAGGGUUGAAGAAGCCUAUGGUAUAUUUCUGAAUAUACUAAAAGAGGGUUGUAAGCCAGAUGUUGUGCUUAUGAACAACGUUUUGAAUCUCUUAGGCAAGGCAGGUCGUUUAGCUGAUGCUCUUAAGCUAUUUGAAGAAAUGAAAUCCUUGCAAUGUACACCAAGUGUAGUGACAUAUAAUACUGUCAUUAAAGCUUUAUUUGAAUCCAAAGCUCCGGUAUCUGAGACACUUUCAUGGUUUGAGAGAAUGAAGGUAAAUGGUGUUAAUCCUAGCUCUUUUACUUUCUCAAUUUUAAUUGAUGGCUUUUGCAAGACAAAUAGAGUAGAGAAAGCUUUGCUGCUGCUCGAGGAGAUGGAUGAGAAGGGCUUUCCUCCUUGUCCAGCUGCCUAUUGCAGCCUGAUCAAUAGUCUUGGAAAAGCAAAACGCUAUGAAGCUGCAAAUGAGUUGUUUCAAGAACUAAAGGAAAAUUGUGGAUCUUCAAGCGCUCGGGUAUAUGCCGUGAUGAUCAAACAAUUUGGGAAAUGUGGACGUUUAAAUGAGGCUGUAGCUCUUUUUAAUGAAAUGAAGAAACUUGGGUGCAGUCCAGAUGUCUAUGCAUAUAAUGCACUGAUGUCAGGAAUGGUAAGGGCUGGCAUGAUAGAUGAAGCUCACUCGUUGCUUCGAACUAUGGAAGAGAAUGGUUGCAUUCCUGACUUAAACUCGCAUAACAUAAUUCUAAAUGGCUUGGCUAGGACAGGGGGUCCGCAACGGGCAAUUGAGAUGUUUACAAAGAUGAAACAGUCAAAGAUAAAGACUGAUGCAGUCUCCUACAAUACUGUUCUUGGCUGUCUCAGCCGUGCUGGUAUGUUUGAGGAUGCUGCAAUGCUGAUGAAAGAGAUGCGUUCAAAUGGAUUUGAAUAUGAUCUUAUUACGUACUCAUCAAUACUUGAGGCAGUUGGCAAGAUUGAUGAAGAUCACUCACAAGCAACUCUCUGA